AUGGAGAUCCAGGUGAUUCUGCUGUCUUUGGUGGGCGCCGGUGCUCUCACGCUUCUUGUCGCCUCAUUUCUGCUCUUCCCAACAAGGUACCGUCCCGACUCAGGCCCAGCUGCAAAGCGACAUGUAGCAGCUCAGGUUCUGGUGCUGGGAGAUAUCGGCCGCAGCCCUCGUAUGCAAUAUCAUGCACUCAGCAUUGCCAAGCACGGAGGGACUGUUGAGCUCAUAGGCUAUCAUGAGUCAGCCCUGUUGCCAGCUCUCACAAGGCUGCCCAACGCCAGUGUCUGCGCAUUGGAUGCUCCACCGGCUGUCCUCCGCUCCAAGUCUGCUCCUUUCAUCAUCACGGGACCACUCAAGGUCUUGUGGCAGAGCCUGAAUCUACUUCAUGUCCUGUUGUACAAGACGGAGCCGGCACAAUGGCUGCUUGUCCAGAAUCCGCCUUCAAUCCCAACCUUGGCUGUGGCGUGGUUGACGUGCACCCUCCGCAACACGCACCUCAUCAUUGACUGGCACAACUAUGGAUGGACCAUUCUUGAGGGCACCCGCGGGUCGUCCCACCCCUUUGUCCGCGUCUCGAAGCUCUACGAGUGCUUCUUCGGCCGCCUCGCGCCCUCGGCCAACCUGACUGUCACCCAUGCCAUGCAGCGGCAGCUGCAGAAGGCGCCGUGGAACGUCCGCUCCCCCAUUGUCACGAUGCACGACCGGCCCGCCGCCAUCUUCCAGCCCGUCUCUUCCCUCAGCGAGAGGGAGUCGUACCUCUCGGGCAUCGACGAGGCACGCGACUUCGUCCCGGCCAUCAUGAGCGGCCGGCAGCGGAUCAUCGUGAGCAGCACAUCCUGGACGCCCGACGAGGAUUUCGGCCUGCUGCUCGACGCGCUGGUUCAGUACGGCGCGUCGGCGGCCAGCCGGGCCCCUCUUCUGGUCAUCAUCACGGGCCGCGGCCCGCAGAAGGCGGCGUACGAGGCCAAGAUCGCUCGGCUUGCGGCCGAGGGCAAGCUGCCGGGCAUCACGGUGCGUACGGCGUUCCUGACGUUCGAGAACUACGCGCGCCUCCUCGCGGCGGCGGACCUGGGCGUCUGCCUGCACAUGAGCAGCUCGGGCGUCGACCUGCCCAUGAAGGUGGUGGACAUGUUCGGCGCCGGCCUGCCCGUACUGGCGUACUCGGGCUACGAGAGCUUCGGCGAGCUGGUCAGGGAGGGUGAGAACGGGUGUGGCUUCGAGACGUCGCGCCAGCUGGGCGACGUCAUGGACCGGCUGCUGGGCGAAAAUGGCCAGGCGGAGCUGGCCAGGCUGAGGCAGGGUGCCGUAAGGGAGGGCAGCCGCCGGUGGGAUGAGGAGUGGGAUGAGGUUGUUAAGCCUCUUCUGGGCUUCUCUGAGGAAUGA